AUAAAGCUAAAAACUACAGAAGUUAUUGAUUUCCUCUUUUUAAUUUUGUUCUUUGAUUGACAGACAUCACAGCAGCUGGAUAUUAGUUUAUUUUUGCUGCUACUUUAAGAACUGCCGCUGCUGGACUUGAUUCGGCUCUGACACUGCUGUAAAUGUGACAAAUUAAUACUUGCGUGCACAGUUUUAAGGCAGCUUUAAUCACCAUGUUUUGUAACUUCAUGACUUAACUGAAGACAUAACUACAAUGUUGCAUACUCGUAGUUUAAUUUGGGUUUGAAUAUGAUAUAGCGCUUUAAUUACAGCCCGCACCAGCACAUUUAUGCAUGCACUUCUUAGAGCAUGUGCUACGAGUACAGUAUAAUGGCUGGCAGGACAGGAAGAUUCAUGUUCACUGACAUAUGGCCUGACAGCAUCUCAUCUAACUGCAGUUCACUGAUGUUCUACUGAAGCUCCUUGUCCCCCAUUUGGUUUCCACGCUCGUUUGACUUCUUAUUAUACCUACACCUAUUAUACUCAUUUAUGAUUCACAUUCAUAAUUUUAGGUGUUUUUUUUUUUUUUUUUCAUUUUUCUGAUGGGGGGGCAGCCCUCAUAUAGGGGGUUCCUGUCUUUGUUGGACGACGCUAAUCACGGGGUGUGAAAAGUUUUGAGCUUGUCCACUUUCAACCACUUCCAGAGGUAGCUGAAAAUGUAUUCGACCGGAUUGUGUUCAUGGUGUAGACGCUCAUGUGGUCGAAUGUGUCCAAACAGCCACAAAAGCAUGCAAGCCAGACAGGAUUACAACAUUUUCAGCUAAGAGAUAAGUUUGUGCUUGGUACGUUUAUCCUUUCCAAAACAAUGUUCUCUCACCAUUCUGGAUUUCUAACACACACUGCAUAAAUGAAAACCGCUGCUGUCAGUAUGUUUUUCUGCCGUCUCCGGUCACGUUUAUAUGUAAAUUGUAUGCGCCCAUUCAUUUGCUCACCCAUAAAUCCUCCCCUCCAAGUAAUCAGGACAGAAGUGGUUGAAAGUGGACAAAAGAGACAGCAGGUGUAAACAUGUACGUGUCUCCUUCGUCCACUUGUGAUCCGAUUAACCAAUAUGCAUCUUGAUAACAGGUGUAACCAGGGCCUUGGAAAUAGGAGAUUGCCGAAGACAAUGCUAUAAUGAAAGCAGAUUUCAUUCAGGAGCUUCUUCCAUCUGCGGAGCGAACGGCUCUCCUUUAUCACCUGACUUUCCUGAGUCUGGGAGGAUUCCCAAAGCUGGAGCGUCUGAUCAGAGAUCAAGCUAUUGAAACACAACUGCUGUUCGGAUCCUCUGAAGCCCUUCUGCUGAGGUGUGUCGGCACAAGUUCCAACCUGGUCACCUCCCUGUUUCCAAUGUUGAAAACGGCUGUGGUGAAGAACAAACCCGAUUUGGCGAAGAAGUACCUGAAGAAAGCUGAAGACUGGAUCACUGACAUCAUAACACAAGUGGAUGACAUUGUGAAGAGGUAUGAUAAACACAACCAAAGUGUGAAAACAUGCACCAGUGAUGUGUAUCAAGAACAAGCAGAGACCAAAGAAGAAAAAGAUAAAAAAUCUGAUGAGAUGAAGGGUCUGGAGGUUGCUGUCGCCAAGCUCCAACUGGAUCUGAAAAAAGUAGUCGACAAAGUGGAGAUGAAUGAGAAACAAAUUAAAAACAACACUGAGGAGCUGAAUAGCUUCAUCAGUAGAUUUCAGGAAGAACAUGGCCACUGGACUGUGAAGUUCCUUGACGCUUUUAGAGGCUAUCCAAAUGCUAUGAAGGAGCCUACUGCCAUUGAUCUGGAUAGAAAACUGAAACAACUCGACUCUGAGAAGAGCCUUCUGAAAAAUGAAGAGUGGAACAUCAAAACCAAGCAGCUUGAUCUUCAGCUGCAGCUGGCCAACUGUAAAAUACGGAUGGGUGAGAUUCCCAACCCUGACAACCUGAAGGAAGUCCAGCUGUGUCUUUCUCAAAUCCAGCAAAUUCUGGUUGAUCUGAAAAAGUUUUGGGAGAAGGUGGAUGCUAUUCUGAGCACGCUGAGAGAUAGAACCUUUGCUGGGGAAGAAAUGGUUGACAUGGAGGACAUGAAGGAUGAGUUCAUAAGCUCUAUUGAAGAUGCAGCAAAGUACUGGAAGAAAUUUGGUGUGUGCUGUCAGAAAGCUCAAGGCGUCUUCAGUGUUCAGUCUAGAGAUGCAUAUAAAUUCCUGGAGAUCAAUCCGUCUUCGCUCUCUGAGGAGGAGAGGAACCAGCAGUACUUGUCUAUCACGGAGAAGCUGAAGAAAAUCAAUCUAGACCCGCCAGCACUGAGUGACACCCAGAUCUGAUGCUUCCUGAAUGCUCCUUACACAAAUCAAUGCAUACAGCUUCUCUUGGCAUUUUCAUAAUUCUGUGUAAUCUCCUGUAAAUUGUUCUUGAACAUGUUCAAUUACAGUUCUACAUAUGCAUGUUCUUUAACAAGUUGAUGUUAGGAAUAUUAUUUAGAUCAAUUUAUGGCUAUCUCUUUCAAAAUUGCUUUGCAUUUUUAUCAUGCUGUAUACAGAUCUUGUGGUCUGGUCAUGUGAUUAAUGUCUAUGUCUCACAAUAAAGACAAAAGGCAUGAAACAUUU